AACGCGUGGAAAACUCGGCUGCAUUUCUGCUCUGCCGCGGGACGUGGCGAGCCACUGCACUCUGAUCGGAAAAUAUCUUAAACUUCACUACAUCAAAGACGAUGUAACUUUAAUUAACUUGUUACCAGUUGGAGCCAGCGUUUUUGGCGAUCAUUAACUUCGAGGCAAGAAAAGAUCCAACUUUACUUUACCGCUUAUUUUUUCUUUGCCUAAAGAAAAUGGAUUUUAAAGUAGCUACUUGGAUUGUGUGUUUACUUCUUGCACCGUCUGCCUCUGCACUCAUUGACGACAGCCUAUCCUCCUCACAUUCUGGACACCCCGUCCAUCUGGCUCGACAGCCACGCUCCCCCAGGCCUACGACAGGCCCGGAGCCCCUCAUUGUCCCGGGCCGAGCCGCUAGUGUCCACCUGAGCCCAGACAAGAUCAAGCUGCUCCGUUUCAGGCCAACCGUGGGCACCAUCAACCUCUCUGAGGGAAUGGACGUGACCCUCAACUGCUCCAUCGACGUCACCGGCUUGGGCAAGCCGGACCUGACCAUCCUAUGGAUCAAGAAUGGGGUGGAGGUACCGUACGGCUUGCAAACUGAUCUUCACAUUGAUGGCCAGUUUAGUCUGCUUUCCAAAAUGAGAAUCUCAAAAGUACAGCGUGCUGAUGCGGGAGAGUAUCGCUGCAGGAUUGGUCUCAGUAACACCUUGAUUGAAUCAGACCCCAUUAAAGUAGAGGUCGAAGGUUUGCCAACAUUCACAAAACAGCCCAGUGACGUGAACGUGACCCAGAAUACCCCUUUUGACCUGACCUGUGAGGCUGUGGGUCCUCCUCACCCGGUCACAAUUUGGUGGUACCACAACGGAGUGCGGAACAUCUCUGAGCCCUCUCCCAGUACCAUCCGCAUCACAGGUGUUGACAAGCCCACCCAGUACAGCUGUGAAGCCAUUAACUCAAGGGGUCUUACCUUGUCCAGAGAGGCACACAUUAACAUCAAAGGUCUGCCAGCUCGUAUCACUGGCCUGACUGUGACGGAGCAGGGCUCCAAUAGGUUGACCCUGGCCUGGACGCCGGGGCACAAUGGCUUCUCUCCCCUCUCCAACUGCUCCAUCUCGGUGCGUGAGCUCAACAGAAAGGACAAUCCUACAAGAGUGGUCAAUGCCCACGUGCCGCCGUUCCAGCACGAUGUGACCGGGCUGAAGGCCAUGACCAAGUACAACAUGAGUGUAUACUGUACCAAUGAGGUGGGCAAGUCACAGCCCAGCACAUGGGUCAAGACAGAGACACCUGAGGGAGUGCCCUCAGAGCCACCCCGUAACGUGUCCGUGCAGCUGAACGAGUCGGUGAUGGUCAUCCGCUGGUUGCCGCCACCCCCAGACAAGAUCAAUGGGAUCCUGAAGGGCUAUGACGUUAUCAUCAAGCAUGGUGUGAAUGGCACCCACUUGAACAAGAUUUCUAGCCCCACAACCGAGGCCACAUGGGUUUUGUCUGCAUUUAACACAACCUACAGCAUCCAGAUAGCAGCUCGCACACAAGCAGGCAGUGGAGCUCUCAGCUCACGCUUCUGGAUACGAGUCAACCAGUCAGCUUCAGGCACGGCUGUGAUUCCUCCCUUCGGCCCGGACAAGCACGGCUCUGACUCGGUGUAUGUGGUGCUGGGGGUGGUGUGCGGCAUCUGCCUGCUUAUCGUGGUUCUCUGGGUCGCCGCAUGCACCCGCAGCAGACUCAUGGAGACGCGGCUGGGGCAGCUCUUCACAAACGAGGGGAAGUUUCAGCCCACAGUUCAGUACAGACCCCAGAGGUCUUAUAACCGCUCGGCCAUCGAGAUCACAUUGGCCAACCUGGGUGUGAGCGCGGAGCUACAGGCUAAACUGCAGGACGUGAUGAUUGUGAGGGCCCUGCUGUCCAUAGGGAAGAUCUUAGGAGAGGGAGAGUUUGGGUCGGUGGUCGAAGGUCAUUUGAGGAAGCCAGAUGGAACUUCUGAGAAAGUGGCAGUGAAGACAAUGAAAUUGGAUAACUUCUCUCAGAGGGAGAUUGAAGAGUUCCUAAAUGAGGCAGCCUGCAUGAAGGACUUCCACCACCCGAAUGUCAUUGGGCUCAUGGGUGUAUGUUUGGAGGUCGGCUCUAAUCAUUUUCCGAAACCCAUGGUCAUUCUACCCUUCAUGAAGUACGGUGACCUCCACAGCUAUCUGCUCCGCUCUCGACUUGGAGAAAGUUCUGUGUACUUGCCCACACAGAUGCUUCUCAAAUUUAUGAUUGACAUCGCCUUGGGUAUGGAGUACCUCAGUAGCCGGAACUUUCUGCAUAGAGAUCUUGCUGCGCGAAAUUGCAUGCUACGUGAUGACAUGACCGUGUGUGUGGCAGACUUUGGCUUGUCAAAGAAGAUAUACAGUGGUGACUAUUACCGGCAAGGAAGAAUAGCCAAGAUGCCUGUGAAGUGGAUAGCCGUGGAGAGCCUGGCAGACCGAGUCUUCACUGUAAAGAGUGACGUGUGGGCCUUUGGCGUGACAAUGUGGGAAAUUGCAACACGUGGCAUGACACCAUAUCCUGGGGUCCAAAACCAUGAGAUAUAUGACUACCUGCUGGACGGUCACAGAUUGAAGCAGCCAAAUGACUGUCUAGAUGAACUCUAUGAGAUCAUGUAUAGCUGCUGGCGGGCGGACCCUCUGGACCGGCCUGACUUUACCCAGGCGAGAGAGCUUCUGGAGAAACUGGCCGAAAAGCUUCCGGAAGUUUCCAGCCGCGAGAACCUCAUCUACAUCAACACCAGCUUCCCUGAAGAGGACCCGACAACAUCAGCAGGAGCAGCAGCAGAGCCUGCUGAGUUCCAACUAGACGUGGGUCCGGUGGCUUGUUCAUCACCAGCCUGCAGCCGGCAGAGCAUGGACACCUCCAUCGUCACCGCAGACAUUCACGAGAGCGGCAAGGAGGACGAAGAGGGGGAUGAGGAUGACCGCUAUGUCAUCGUCAUCUCCUCAGAGGACCCCUCUGUGACGGGUGGUCCGGCUGCUGUGAACAUGCCACUCUUGUCCAGGGAGGGUCAGGACCAGGCCCUUAGUGACUCAGAUGCAUCUGAGCGAAGGACAGAACAGGGCCCAAGCGAUAUCACACGCUUACUGUGAUAAGUGAAACAAUUCCAGUGUUCACCUCCCAUAAUAGCCAAAAAGUCUGGAGACACUAUUAAAGAUGAUCAAUUUGCCUAGUCUGUUGGUUGUGUGAUGUGAUGCCUAAUGCCAGUAUUUUGUUAGGUCAUCAUUGUUUUCAAUGGUUUGAUUCAAAAUUCAAUAGGAAAUAUUUGUGCCCAUAUUGCGAAGACAUGCAGCUGCCUCCUGUCAAGGAUGCUUUUCCUUGAUAUGAAUUAAUUGUGGGUAUUUUGUGUGUGUGUGUGUGUGUGUGUGUGUGUGUGUGUGAGAGAGAGCGAGAGAGAGAGAGAGAGAGAGAGAGAGAAUGAGAAUGAGAGAGUUCUACAUGUGAUCUGUGUGUAUAUAUUGUAUUUGUAUAUGAUUUGUAAAUGAGUCUUUUUUCUAAUGAGUCAUUUUCUAUUUACCAUGCUCUACUUUUGUGAAGAUUACUUAAAUUGUGUUAUGUGCUUAAAAUAUGUGAAAAGAAUGAUAUUAUAUAAAAAUAUAAUAAACUGACCAAAUGUUAAGGAGG